AGAGUGCUUUUACACAGAGGCUUUUUAUGGUGUGCUGGAAGAUUUCAUGAGUUUUUGAUUAUUGGAUGAUGGGUGCGGGAAGAAUGCAGAUUCUGCGCCAGAAGAACUAACAAAUCUUGAGCGAUGGCAAUGGGUGAUAAAAAAUUACCGCUGGAUGACUGGACAGAAAGCGAUGUUGGUGACUGGCUUCAUUCAAUACGUAUAAAAAAGGAAUACAUUGAUAAACUUGUUGAAGAGGAAGUGUCUGGACCAGUGUUAAAAGAGAUCAAUGAAGAGUUUUUGAGAAAUAUUGGCAUGAAACAAGGUCCAAUCCAAUUAUUACUAAAAAAGAGAGAUGAGCUUCUCUCUGGACACACACCCACAAAAUCUGAACAUGGAGCUUCAACUAAUUCUACAACCCAAAAUAAUAUUGGAAAAGAGUCUGUUUUACAGUCAGGAAAAGAUUUGAAGAAUAAGCAAGAAACUGUCUCAGCUCACCCUGUAGGCUCGAACACCACUGACCAGAAACAAGAGCCAGAUUCUGAACCAAGCUCUACCUGUGUAAAGACUGUGAAACAGUUAUCCCUAAAAACUGAGGCAGAUAUAGAUAGGAAUGUAGUAAGUAACCUACCAAUGGACAGAAAAAUUAACCAAUCACCAGCAACUAAUUUCCGACCAUUUAGUAAAGAAGUUGGGAAUUUCCGGUAUGUGAAAAACCAGGUUCUUGAACCAGAAACUGGAAUCAAGGACUUGAUUAUCCCUUGCCAUGAAUACAAAUCACUUGUUACUGCAGCAAAACUAGAUCGAGUCAGACUUCAGGCAAAAUUUGCUUGUGAAGUAAUAAGAUUCGGCUGUGCAUGUAUGAACACACGUACAAAUGGCACAAUACAUUUUGGUGUAAUGGACAGUGUUGAGGCAAAAGGUUACCAACAUGGAGAGAUUGUUGGCAUUCCAGUGAGUGACCAAGACUGGUAUGUGGAUGCGCUAGAUUAUAUUGAAAAAUGUUUCACCAAAGAGAGCCAUGAGGCUGCAAGGUCUUGUAUUCGUCCUCCUAAAUUUAUUGAAGUGAUUCAGAAGGAGUCAAUGGAACAACGAUUUGUAGUUGAGGUUGAUAUUGUGCCUCAGCUAAUAGCUGUAAAAGGAAAAGUCUUUCAAGUGAGCUUACCAAAAUUUAAUGAAAAAAACAAUAAAGUUAGCCAGGAUAAGAGAGCUAUGUAUAGAAGGGUGGGAGCUAAAUCUGAGAUCGUUCCAGAGGAAGAUAGUGUCUCAUUUAUUCAGGGGCUUCAACAUGUAGAUUUAAAAAGGGAACAGGCUGAAUGUAAAUCUGACAGUCAAAUCUCACCCCCAGAAAACCUGAGAAGGAAAUGUGUUUUACUAACAGGUGGGAAGGAAUAUAUAGAUGAAACACUCUGGUAUAUUCUUGUGACAAACAAAUGUGAACAACACUACUUGAAGGAUCUAAACUUCUUAAUGAGAUUAAAUGUCUUCUGUGUCUUUGACUUUGAUCCAGAUUCCGAUGAGACAGGACUAUGCUCAAAAUACAAGGAGCAUCAUGCCCGAAACAUUCAUUCGUUAAUCAGCUAUUCUAAUGAGAAUGGACUGAGCACAAGUGAAUUUCAAAAGUCUCUGUGUCUGUUCGAUCAAACAAGCUGGUUAUUUUGUAAUGGACGCAGCAAUUAUCGCGGUGGUGAUGAGCCAUGUGAUGAAGAUACUUGGAUCAAAACUAAAAAGAAAUAUCUUAAAAAAGCGGUUUCAUUAAUUUGUAAUGACAUAUUUCCUAAAGGAUCAUUUCUUGUCAUUUUUUUGAUGAUGUCACCAGUGGAAAAAACAAUUGUAGAUACUUUUCAUGAAUUUUAUGCAGAAAUGAAUGGUAUUGAGGACAUCAUUUGCAUUGCAGAGAUCAAGGAAUAUUACAAUAAAUGGGCUAGUUUGGCACAAGCUUCAUGUAGGAUGCAAAUUCUGGAGCAAAGAAGCAUAGUCGGUAUUCCAUUGAGGCAUAUUGAUGCCACAAUUCAGAAUAUGUUCCCAGUGGCAAAUUCCAAUAGGACUCUUCCUGUAUCUUCCAAAGGUGUUUGUGUCCUUGAAACACCUGCAGAAGAAAGAAUGCAUUCACUUGAGAUACUGUGUGUAAAUGAAUGCAAUGACAAAACUCUCAACCUUUUGAGUAAAGAAGAAGUGAAAGAACUUGAAGGUACAUUUUAUCGAGGUGGUAAAAUUAGUUGGAAACAUUUUUGGCUGGCUGAGCAAAAAAAAUGUGGUGAGUUUAUUGAACGAGAUGCAUUUUAUCAGGUCCAAGAAAUUUUAAAGGGCAUAUUAUAUGAGAAUACAGUUCAACUUCCUGUUGCUAGAAUAAAGAUUUAUCAUCAUCCAGGAAGUGGCGGAAGCACCAUAGCCCGGCAAGUUCUUUGGAAAAAUAGGAGAGAAUUAAGGUGCGCCAUAGUCAAGUCAUCCUGUCUCUUUUCAGUAGUUAGUCAACAUGCAGUGAAAUUUAGAGAAUAUGAUGAGGUCAAUCCUAAUCUGUGCUUGCCUGUUCUUCUCCUUGUCGAAGAUUGUGAAGAAGAUUACCUUGAUGAUUUAAGGCACGACUUAUCAGAAGCUAUGGUGUGUAAAAAAAUAACUUCCUCUAAGCCAUGUUUUAUCCUCAUGAGCUGUAAGAGAUCCAACGCCCCUGAAGACCUCUGUAAAGCAUCCCCACAAGAUACUGUUGCCGUGACUCACAAACUCAGUGAAAAAGAAAAAUUAGAAUUUUCUAAAAAAGCAAAAGAGCUUGAAAAGGCAUUUCCAAAUUUAGAGUUUAUACUUACUUUUGUUUUAAUGAGUUAUGAAUUUAAUGACCACUAUGUAACCGAAUUUGUUCAGAAUGUUCUAAAGGGAAUUGAUCACGCAUCUAAUGUGACUCGUUUGAUGAGAUAUGUUGCACUAUUAAAUUGCUAUGUACAGAACUCUUACAUUUCUGUAUCACAUUGUGAGGCAUUCCUAGGUCUUGGAGCAUACACAAAAGACCAGCAUAACGUGUUAAGGCAAUGUAACUUUAAAAGUUGCUUAAGUGAACAGGCAAGACUUUUAUUUAUUGAGUUGAGAGAAACAACCACGUGGCUUAACUCUAUUCAAAUUAUACAUCCUUUAGUUGCCAAAGAAGUUCUAAACCAGCUUUCAGGAAGACGUCCCCAAAGUGAUAUUGCUAAAGAUCUUCUGGAGGAAAAGGUUCUCCUCCACCACAGAUUUGGCCGAGAUGAGUUCAUAAAAUUCAUUCGAGACUUGUUUCUACGACGUCAUAGAAAAAGCAAGGGUGAUAAUGUAGAUAGCUUCUUUUCCCCUCUAAUUGAACAUGUUUGUGAAGUUGAAAAAGACAAAGAAAAGGCCAUCAAACUGCUAGAAGCUGCUUACGAGCGAUUUGAUAAAGAUCCUUUUUUCGCUCAACAACUUGCAAGAUUGAAUUACACGCAUGAAAAAUUUGAAGAAGCAAAGGGAUGGGCAGAAAUUGCAAAGUUGCAUUUGCCUGGUGAUUCUUAUAUUUUGGAUACAGAAGGACAGGUGUACAAAAAAUGGUUUUAUGUGCUAUUGGACAAAAAGAAAGCUGACUCAACACCAGAGGAGGAUAUUGAAUUAAUUGAAUUUGGGCUUAAAUCCAUGGAAUGCUUUAGAGCAGCAGAAAAAGCUGCAAAAUCUGAAAUGGACAGUAUGAAUAAUUCUGGAUAUUUUGGAGAAGUAGAUGUUGGAUGUCGAUUACUGAAAAAGCUCUCCUCCCAUGCAGUGUUUUCCAAAGAAAACGGCAAGGAUAGUACAGAACUUUUACAAUAUCUUUUAACAGAUUACAUACCUGAAGAAAUAAAGAAGCCUUGGUUUAAGCUUCAUGGACGUUUAAAAGGAUUGUACCAAAAUAUAUAUAAUGCUCUGGAGUGGAUUGCAGAUGAUAUUGGCUACUUUCAGUCAGAAAAAGUUGACAAUGGAGAACAAAUCAACACAGUAGAGGAACAUGUCUACAGUCCUCGGAAAUGGUUACUAAAAAGAACAGAGGCAUUUGCAAGAUUUUUUAGUUCUGAACUCUUGGCAUCGCACACUGAUGUUGGGCCAGAAAGCCAAUUGGUUAAAAAAAUGAACAUUUACAAACUUGGUGGUGGGAGCACAGCGCAUAUCCUCUCUCUGCUCUCUGACUCAAAAGAUGACAGAGCAGGCAUAAAACUGGAAACUAUAUUAGAUUUGUACCCGGAAGAUGUUUCAAAAUCUGGUCUGGAUGAUGGAAGUCUUAAAAACUUCAUAAUGUCACAUAUUGCACUAGGAUGUGUAAAACCUGGUUCUUCAAAAAUGUUAUCCUUUCAAAAUCUACGUGAACUAAGCAAAAGGUUUCUUAACACAAGAAAAUCUUUUUCCCCUUGUGCCUACCUCUUAAUCUUUUUGCUUUUUUGGCCUGAUGAAAAGGUUGAUAAGAAAUCUGAUGCAGAAAUGGACAAUAUAUUGAACUUGGCACUUCAAACAGCAAGAAGAUUGCAUGACAUAAGAAUAAAAAAUAUUCCAGUUAGGAAAAAAAGAAUAAAUGUGCUCUUCUUUUUAGGACAGGGCCCUGGACUUCGGAAGAUAAUGCACAGAAGUAAAAUAGAAAAACAGAUUGAAGGUCCACUUAAUGAACGGAGAAUGAAAUGGAUCAACGAGGAUGUAUGGAAACUUGACAGUGUACACCAGCUUUUAAAACUUGUGCCAGGAUGGACAGAAAAUGGAAAGGUUUAUGCACGUGGUCAUUGUGAAAAAGAGAAAAUAGAAAUCCUGCCACUGAACAUUUCAUCAGUGCCUCACGGAAAUGAAAAUGUGACAUUCUAUUUAGGGUUUACAUAUAUUGGUUUUGUUGCAUAUAACAUACAGGUGCAGGAAAAAAAAUAAUACAUUUAAUCCAAUGUUAUGUACAAAAAGGUCCAGAAGGGUGGAGGGGAUCAUUUUGGAAAAUAGUGGAGUUUCCACUAUAAUUAGUGACUUAUACAGAGAUUUCAUAAAAAAGUAUGCAAAGGGAGCCUGACUGCAAUGGCGACUGGACGUGUUUUCUAGAAGCUCCUCCAGUCCCAAACGAGUUGGUCCAGUUGCCAGCACUUUUGGCCCUUUUAUAU